AUGUCUCGAUAUAGAGAAUUCAUCACCGCUUCCCUCAUCUUGGGGGCAAGUGUCGUGCAAUGUGCCGUCAACCCUAACGGCGCCAGGGUCGUCGUACCCGUGGGAGACGACGGAGCCUCGCCUAUUGCCGACAUCAAAACCUACGACCCGGACCGGCAUGACUGCCCACUUCCUUGUGCUCACCUCGAUAAUGUGCACACUUGGGUCACCUACCUCUCUGUCGACCGGCUCCGUCGAUGCCAGCAGCCCACGCCGCUGCAACUCUCGGCCACACAACGGCUGAGCGGAGACAUGCUCAUCCGCGUCUGCACGUUCGGAGGCGCCGGCGGUGGGGAGCCCAUCAUCACAUCAAACACCAACUUGACUUGUACGAUCACUGAGGCUUCCAAGCCUUCUCUGAACCGGGCGCCGGCGUGCGGCGUACUUCCGGGCGGGGAGGUGAUGAAGACUCUCCCGGUUUCAACUAACAGCAGUGCCGAUGGCGACGGGGCCGACAACGUAGGCGACGCAACGCGUCUGCUCGAGGCUAUGAGUGCGUAUUUUAGCGCAACCGACAGCUGCAACGAGAUGUUGUUAUUCGGCUACCAUAAGCAGACCGUUGCUGGAGUCUUUAUUAGGGCUGGUCUGCGCAAGAUUGACGGCCGCGUGCCCAACCGCUUGGUGAUGCAGCUCUGCAAGGCCGACAAGCCAUCAUCAGGCGUGUUCGGUGGUGUUGUAGAGAACAAGGGCGACCUCGCCGCCGUCAAACAAACAGCUGCAGACUGGCAAGCCGGGAUGUGCGCCGCCGGUGACAGCCUUGUGCCGUCGGGCGAGCUGAAGGAUGAGGCCGUUUUGGACAUUGUCGAACUCCACAACAAGAACGGCACUCUGAGCAACAACGCAAUAUUGUUCAGCAACACCAUACUGGCUAGGAAAUGCAUGGCAAUCCUGCCGCGCCAGAAUAAGUUACAAGGAAGCGACUUUGGCUCCUACAUCCAGGUACUGGGCGGCGACACAUGCACAUCGCUGGCGUUCCGGUGCGGCAUCGGGGGCUCCCAGUUUACGACGCACAACCCAAAUGCCCUGCAGCCAAACCACUUCCUGGGCCUUCAAUACGAUCUGACGGAGGAGGAGAUCGAAGGCUUCAACAAGGGCAAGACCCCCGGAAACCCGCCGCUGCUGCCGCCACAAGAGGGAGCGCAGUGCGGGCCACUGGUGCCGGGAACGACGCAGCCAACGGACGGCACAUCAAUGGUGGACCUGAACCCAUGCCCGCUCAAGGCAUGCUGCAGCAACUGGGGCUUCUGCGGACCGUUCCCGGAGCACUGUGACAUCCACGCGCCGGAAGGCGGAAGCCCCGGGACCAAGCUGCCCGGCUUGCAGAGCACGUGUAUCUCCAACUGCGGCAACGAGAUCAAGCAGAACUCAGGUCCACCGGCUGCCUUCUCGCUUGUCGGUUACUAUGAGUCGUGGAACAUGGGCCGCCACUGUCUCUGGUUGCGGGCCGACAAGGCCAACACCGACGGAACUUACACGCACUGGGGUUUCGCUGAGAUUGACCCAAACACUUGGAAGCCCGUCAUCACUAACCCGCACAGCCAGUGGGACGCGUUCAAGAAGCUGGAGCUCAAGCGCAUCCUGUCGUUCCGCGGCUGGGCCUACUCGACCGAGCCAGCCACGUACAACAUCAUCCGGCGGAGACUUUUGCGACCAAUCUUGCCCAGUUCGGCAAGGAUGAGGGCAUUGAUGUACCCGGGCGCCCCCGACAUCAUGGUCGACGGGAAGGCGAUCGGGCAGACCGGGGACGGCGUGGCGUACCUGCGCUUCCUAACGUCGCUGAAGCAGAAGCUUGGCACCGACAAGUCGGUCUCUAUCGCAGCGCCUGCGUCCCACUGGUAUCUUAAGGCCUUUCCCAUUGACCGCAUCUCGGCCGUGAUCGACUACAACGUGUACAUGACGUACGAUCUGCACGGCCAGUGGGAUUAUGGUAAUGUCAACGCCUUCAACUCGUGUCCGUCGGGGAAGUGCAUCCGUAGCCAUGUCAACCUGACCGAGACGCGCAACACGCUGUCCAUCAUGACCAAGGCGGACGUCGCGAACAACAAGGUCAUGGUCGGUGAGUCCGACUACGGCCGCUCGUUUCAUAUGGCCGUCGACGGCUGCUGGAGCCCUCUAUGCGUGUUCAUGGGGACGCGCACCGAGUCGGACGCGAACCCCGGGAGAUGUACCGCGACCAAGGGGUACAUCUCCAAUGCCGAGAUCAACGAGCUUAUCACCCAGGGGUCAUAUUCGCUGCUGUUCCACGACGGCGACUCCAACACGGACGUGCUUCUGUACAAGGGCGACUAUGUGAGUUACAUGACGCAGGUGACGAAGCUGACACGACGAGACGAGUGGAAGACGCUCAACUUUGGCGGGAGCAUCGAUUCGGCCGUCGACCUGCAGACGUUUGGUGAUGAUGACAUGAAGGUGCCGAUCAAUCGCGGCGGCGACACGGGCGACGAGGGCUGCGUGUCGGGCGAGGACAAGACGGCGAACUCGGGCGACCUGUGCAAGUUUACCUUUUGCCUCGGUUUCUGUCCGGAAUCGCUGUGUGAAUGCGUCACGAGGGGCGAGAUGCUCACGAUUCCGCCGGAGAACCCAGUCGAGGGGGACAUUAUCGCGUGGAACGAGGUCGACAUCGACUUAAACCGGCUGUGUCGCUUCGCAUGCUCGCACGGCUACUGCCCGUAUGAGGUGUGCGCGACGGCCGUGGUCGACAAGGACGAGGACGACGGCAUCAUCGAAGCCGGCUGGAGCCCCGAGAACCCCAACUAUUUCAACUACACCGAGGCGAGACUGGCCAACGCCAACAGGUGCCUCAUCUACCAGAAUGCCCGACUGAGGGACGAGGCGCAGUUCCAGUGCGACCCAUACUGCAAGCCGACGCUAGACGAAGCCAAAGAGAAAGGCCGGACAUCUAAUUAUGAUCGUGUUGGCUUCUUCUCGACCAAGGAGUAUCUGGACGGCAUCACGUGGGACAAGUACCCAGGCACGUCAUACUACGUGGCGCCGGGCACCUGCUCGUGCGACAACAUGCUCAUCAACGAGAUCGCGGACACGGUGCUCGAGGCGCUGCCCAUCAUCGCGCAGAUUGGGUGUUAUGUGCUCAUGUCGUCACUGAGGCUGGUGCUGGAUGUGGGCGCUAGUUUGAUCCUCGGCGUGGGCAAGAUCCUCGACGCCGGGCUCGACAUUGCGACGACGGCAGCGCAGAUGGCGGCCCCGUGCGGCGGGACGGACCUGGUGCCGGAGGAGAUCAAGGAGAUCUUUGGAAUUCUGAGUAGUGUUGCCGACGGCGUGUCGAGCUUCGUGAAGCCCGAGGCGUCCAAGGGCAGCGGCCAAAAGGGCGACGACGCAAAACCCACAGACCGAUCCAAGCACAAGGUAGGCACCGGCAGUGGUCCCAACGUGAUGGGCAAAACGCAGCCGGGCAGCGGCGGCAUCCGCAAGAAGUGCAACGUACCCAAGUCUCAGUCGACGCUGCGGCUGGAGGCGGCCAAGAACACGAUGCGUCGGCAGUCGUGGAUUGCCAGCAAGACGCAGAAGGAAGAGCUCAUCAUCACGUCGCUGACGUAUGGUGCUCGCGCGACACAGGUCCAAGCCACUUGUUAUGCUCAAUGGUCGCAGACCUGCUACCAUUACAGUAGCGUCAUCCGCAACAACCAGGCGUGGGCGACCAUCACAUGUCCCCAAGCUGCUGCCACCACCGCUCAUCGACAGGGUGCCCAGGCGACGGCGACUUGGAGCAGCCAGCACCGCGGAUUCGGCUGGACGCGCAACUUAAACGGCCAGUGGAAGGCCUGCGACCGCGACGAGUAUCCGCCCGCCGAUCUGUUAGCCGCCAGCAGCCCGGCUGUUAUCAACUCAGGAAUCGACCGGACCGGCCAGCUGGUGCGAUACAUCCCGGACAAGGACGAUCGCAAGGCCGGCCAGAUGUGGAAGGGCGCCUAUUUCGCCAGCACUCUCAAGGAGUUAUCCGGUGCCGACUUUGACACUGCCGUGAGCCAGGCCCCGAACAGCGUCAAGUCGGUCAACCGCCCCAAGACAGGGCUGCUGCGUACGUAUGUCGGUGUCGGCGUCAACACGCACCCCGAGUUCACCAUCUCGUCUCACGGCCACUCGGGCAAUCCUCCGGCGAACGAUGGUCUUAAUGACAACAAGUGCUGGCCCAGUGGCAUUGCUGUCCCAGACACGGGCUUUGCCCUGCUGAUGUACGAUCCCUACUACGACACCCACCCUAUGCCGUAA